AUGGUUCUUUCUCCGGGGGCAACGGAGGCUGGACCAGAAGGCGAUUUCGUUCUUUCAUCAAACAUGUCCGGCGAGAAUCAACUUCAAAACCCAGUAUGUGUCGAUGCGAGUCUCUGUCGACCCUGCCGCUUCCCUAUCAAGGGAGGCAAAGACAAGAUAAUUGGACUCGCCAUCGCCUUCCAUGCAGAAUGCAUUGAGAUCGCCGCUCCUUUUGGAACUCCUCUCCACGAGUACCGCCUCGUCACCGAGCACUCUUAUCGUCAUGUCUCGUUGAACCAUGAAAGACGGAGAGGUCGUAUUCGGGAAUUGAUAGAGGGGGCCCUGUGCAAAACAUAUGGCAAGCUGUCGCCAGAACUUUGGCAUAUCGUGUCCGACGACGACGAGUUGAUCAGACUUUACACCAUAGCGGAGCUUUCUCUGCAGCAUCGCAAGACUGAGUGGUCUGCUGAUCCGUCGCUACCAGUGCUGAUCACAGCCGUCAGAAUGGAUGGUGUGCAGUAUGUCGGUUCACUCACAAACUCUUCCAGCAUUGUGGGCCGCCAAGCUACGACAUUGAUACCUUCAUCCGAUUUUUCGAACCUCUACGUUGCAAGCGAUCACCUCGGCAUCAGGCGAAUCACUUCAAACCCGAACGAAUUCAGCUUAGACGCAAUGCAUCCGGCCUAUUGGCAAACAGUAUCAGCAAACAGCCAAACGCUUACUUUCCAUGGGGAUGGCCUCAAGCUUCGAGAACUGUUAACUCCUUCCAUUUACCCUCAGGUCCUUUGGCCUCAUCCAGCAACACCGUCUGAACUCGACUCGAUGACAUUCUACUAUGCUGGUUGGGGCGAAGGAGAUCUUGAGGCCAGGUUAAGAACACUGACUUUCAAUGAGCCUGGUACAACUGGAUAUUCCGUCUGUUGGGCCAAUGACGAGAUGGUCUCACUUCAUGUCCAUCGCAACGUGGGACAUCCCGGCACUGACGCUUCACUAUUGGAUGAGCACUCUGAGUAUGAAGACCGAGGUCUCCUAAAGUGGACCUACUACCCAAUUCAAGAAGAUGAGUUCAUUCAAGAGGUCUGGCUACGAGGGUCCGAGAAAUAUGAUACGACCCGACCCCUCCCAUCUCAAGGUGAAGGCGGUUUGCGAUAUCAUCUAUCGACACUUUGGGGAUUGCAGAAAUACAAGAGACGCAGUGACAUAGCUCUUGCGCUUGUUACGAGCAAAGGUCGAAAGACUGUUGCCGGGGGGUUCCCAGACCAUCAUGGACAAUACACGCCAUAUUCGAACCAUCGUCACUGGAACCUGGUAGCAAGAAUAUCCGCGAACGCUCCACUUCGAGUCUUCUUCUCUCCCUCAGACCAUGGAAUUUCCCUGAUAGUUGCACCAAGAUUACUAGACAAUCAUACCGGAGCCUCUCCGCCGAGGCAAACACCACUAGGUGCCAUGCCACGCUUCAACCCCCUUCACACUUUGCACUACUCUUCUUCCUCCCUGGAGAAUGUCACAGAAGUUAUUGUGUGUAAGAGCAAGAAUGAGAAGGACAUAGGCGUGAUUCGACACUUUGACUUGGAGAACAGCCGUAUGGUUGAAAGUCCCUACAAGAAGGUUGCCGGGCUAUUGCUUCGGUACGCUGAUGGCAGUGAGGCUAGCGUUGGGUGCUUUCGGUUUGACUGGGCCGAGACGCCGCUUACAACAGACGAUGCUAGAGGACUAUUUGUUGGGACAAGGCCGGGGAAGAUCGUGCAGAUACCUCCACAUGUAGCUGCCGUAAGUACCGCACCUCCAGAGGCUGAGGGAGAAUUUACUUGGAUGGAGAUGUCCUGGACUGGAGUACUUGAGUGGUGGUUUAACCCUGAUAGCUUGGACACUAGCAUCACGCAUAUCCAUUAAGCAGGUGAAAUCCACGGCAUAAGAAGAGCUUAA